AUGCCUCAUAAAUUCGUUUUUACUGACUCGAAUUCGGGGACAGCAAUAUAUCUGUCCAAGAUUGCUGAUGCAUUAUAUGCUAGUAAACGCUGUAUUGUUGUCACUGGUGCAGGCAUUUCGGUUGAUGCUGGUAUUCCUGACUUUCGCUCUGAAGAUGGUCUCUACAACCUUGUCAAAGCCAAAUACCCAAAUGUUGUUUUAAAGGGCAGGGAUUUGUUUGAUGCAUCGUUGUUCAACGACCCCAUAUCCACCAGGCUAUUUUACACGUUCAUGUCGGAGCUUCGAAGACUUACUGCCAAUGCUCGCUUGACUCGCACCCAUCAAUUUAUUAAAGAUAUAGCCACCUCAAACCGCCUACUACGCUGCUAUACCCAAAACAUUGACUGUUUAGAGUCCCGUCUUGGGCUUACUUCUUCGACUCGAACUGCAUUGCAAGCUUCUUCUAGUGGUGCACUAUCUAGUAUCAAUAGAACGCAGGUUGUUCAGCUUCACGGAAAUUUAGAAACUGUUGUGUGUGCAUUUUGCCAAACUGUGUCAGAAUUCACUGACGAGAUUGCUGCUUUAUUCGACUGUGGUGAACCUCCUUCUUGUUCGGCCUGUGAGAAUGUUCGUGCGAUUCGAAUGGCACAGGGAAAGCGAGAUAUUUCUGUUGGUCUAUUGCGACCCAAUAUUGUACUAUACAAUGAGCACCAUCGUGAAGGAGAUAAAAUAUCACAGUUGCAGGUUCACGAUAUGAAAAAAAAGCCAGACAUGCUCAUUGUCAUGGGUACGUCGCUCAAAGUUGUUGGUGUUCGAAACCUCAUUAAAGAGUUUGCCAAGCGUGUACAUGCAACAAAAAACGGUAUCUGUGUUUUUAUUAAUGCCACAGAAGUAGCAGUAAAAGAAUGGGAGUCUAUUUUUGAUUAUCAAGUGAUUGGUCGGUCGGAUGAUGUAGUGUCUUGUCUU